UUUUCACAAAGUGUUUGUCAGAGUCCCCUUCAGUCCUGAGCUCACUUUGAAAAACAGAAAGGGGACAAGGAGGGCGAGCCUUGGUUCAGAUUACAGUGAAGAUUUGUCUGGCUGUGAACAUGCGUGUGGUGAUAGUCUUCCUCUUGUCUGCCCUAAUUCCCCUCUAUCACUGCCAAUCACACGACCCCUUCGCCUGGCUGUAUGGCUCGCAGAGCCACAGAUUUGGCUCCCUGCAGGGAGACACCAAUGGAGGGCAGUGUCCAGAUGAGUGUGACUGCCCCCCGACCUUCCCAGUUGCCAUGUACUGUGAUGGGCGGGGCCUGACAGCCAUGCCCAGAAUCCCCUCCCGUGUGAAGUACUUGUACCUGCAAAACAAUGCCAUCACAGCUGUGCCAGACUCAGCUCUCAAAAAUGCAACAAAUCUGGUGUGGCUCAUGAUGCACAGCAACCAACUGACAUCUGGCUCCAUUGGCAAGAAGGCCUUUCAGCAUAUGGAGGGACUGGAGCGUUUGUAUCUACAGCACAACAAUCUGACAGCCUUUCCUUCCAACCUCCCUCGCACCCUGCGAGACCUCAGAAUCAACCACAACAAGAUUGAAAAGGUAACACCUGCAGACUUAGAUGGAAUGGAUAACCUCACCAUCCUGUAUCUCCAUGACAACUCUGUCACUGACUUGGGCUCAUCACUGAAGUCACUCAAAUCCCUCAUGCUGCUGGACAUCAGUGACAACAAAUUGACAAAGGUCCCAGAGGCACUCCCCGAGCAUCUGCACCAGCUCUACAUGCAGUCCAACUCCAUUGAUUCUCUGCCAGACGGCUUCCUGGGCAGUUUCACUCAGCUGCAGUACAUCAGGAUAGCUCACAAUCAGCUGACAGACAAGGGUAUCCCUGCCAACACCUUUAAUGUGACCGGGCUGGUGGAGCUGGACCUGAGCUACAAUAAACUGGAGAGAAUCCCCCCUGUGAGCACCACACUGCAGCAUCUGUACCUGCAGGCCAACCAGAUCAAAGAGUUCACUCUGGGCAGUUUCUGCAGCAUUGUGGAUGUGACCAACUUCUCCAAACUACUUACGCUGCGACUGGAUGGAAAUGAGAUCAGUCGCCAGGACAUCCCGACAGAGUCAGCCCUCUGCUUGCGCCUGGCAAACAAUAUAGAGGUCUAACUGUACCUAUGAUGUGUGGCCCUUUUCAGCAUGAACCAACAGUGCGACACAUUAUACUUGUGAGUUGCCAAAACCCAAAAACAGCAGGGGCAAUUACAUAAUUUUAUAAUGAGCAGUUGGCAGCAGUUCUUACCGUAAUAUCCAUUAUUCACAACAGACAAAUUACAAAGAGACUCUAAAUGUUAAGAGUUACAAGUCUGGUUUGGAUAAAAUGUAAGUUGAUCUUAAAUAAAGGGAGAUGAGCCCUCUGCAUUAUGAUACAGUGUAUAAGCCUAGUAACUGAGAUAUUGUAGGAGCCAUAUUAUGACGUUUCUUUUUGGUAUUAAAAAUGUUCUGACCCUGAUCCUCUCUUUGUGUUGCUUUGAGGAUCAAUGAUCUUUGUAAUCUCUUCCUACAAAGCAUGCCUUCCGUUGUUUGUCUGAUAAGUUGAUGGUAACAUUGUUAUGUAUCAUGUGUUUAUUGUUUAUUUUUAAAUCAUUAGCUUUUGCUGUGAAUGACAAUAUCUGUAUCACCAACUCCCACAGUGAUGUAUUAUCGUGGAUGGGUGCAUAAUACUUUCUUUGUGGUAAGUGCUGUGACUGUUUCUAUAAAAAAAUCCACCUGUUUCAGAAUGUAGUCACCUUUUCUUAGAGACAGGGGUGGACAUUUAUAUUUGGGAAAUAUUUUCGCACUGUACUGUAAUGAAUCACACAUAAAAAGGGCUUAUGAUUUACCACUAUUGACUUACUGUAUGCAUUACAUGGCUUUGUCAAUUUACUGACAAAUGUUUAAAAGCCUAUUGCAGAAUUACUAAACAUUGAAAACAUUAAAAAGACCACUUGGUUGGGCAUCAAAAGGACUAGGAAAAAUUCAAGAUUUGUAUAUGCCCAAUUCGGAUAACAUGUUAUCAUUCGAACAAAUUAGGCAUAAAUAUGACAUAGAUAAAAAAUAUUUCUUUAAAUUCCUCCAGCUUAGGGAUUACAUUAGGACGAGCCAAAACAGUCUUUUAACCAGACCUCCAAUUUCUGAUUUGGAAAAAAUUGUGUCUAAGGACAGUUUAAGUAAAGGUGCUAUAGCAGAGUUGUAUAACUAUUUGUUAUCAAAUUCGGUUGAAAAUGCAAAUCAUAAACGAGAAGCAUGGAGGGAAGAUCUAGGCACAGAUAUAUCACUAAGGGACUGGCAAUCUAUAUGUACUAAGGCUCACACCCAAUCAAUCAACACUCGAUUUAGACUAUUGCAGUAUAAGUGGUUGAUGAGAGUUUAUAUUACGCCAGUUAAAUUAAAUAAAUACAAUAAGAAUAUCCCAGAUGUGUGUACAAAAUGUACUGAGGUGAAGGGGACAUUAUUUCAUUGUGUAUGGCAAUGUAGCAAGAUAAAAUCUUUUUGGGAGGAGGUUAAAACAGCAAUAGAAAAAAUGAUUUCAAAAAAUAUUCCAAUGGAUCCUGCAUUUUUUGUCUUAGGACUUUACCCAAAAGGUCACAAAUAUAAUAAAAGUGAACAAAUAUUAAUAGAUAUGUGUUUGUUGCACGCCAAAAGAUCCAUUGCAAUGUUUUGGAAAAAGAUCAGCAGACCAAAUGUUACAUAUUGGGUGAAACAAAUGCUCACAACUUUUCCUUUGGAGAGAGUGACAUAUAUACGAAAAGGAAGACAGGAUAUGUUUGAGAAGAUAUGGGAACCGUUCAAGGUGUUUGUUAAUGGUGUUGAUCUGACAAUUGACAAUGAAGAGGCAUAAGUAGUUGGUUAUGUAAACCUUGUAACAGACUUAAUGAGUUCAAUACCCGCAAUUAUAGGAAGACAGUAAAUUCUGUACAAAUGUUUUGUGGCUGAGAAGUGGAUGUUUGUGAUAUUUGUGAUGUGUAUGUGUAUUGUUCGUUUGUAAUGUGGUUUUGUAAUGUAAGAAAAUGUCAAUAAAUAUAUUGUUGUAA